AUGGAUACAAAAAAUCAAACCAGUGCUACCGAAUUCAUCCUGCUGGGCAUCUCUGACAGGCCAGAGCUGCGAAUUCCGCUCUUUUUCCUCUUCCUGACCAUGUACAUUCUGACAGUGACAGGGAACCUUCUCACUGUGACGGCAAUCCGGUCAGAUGUCCGCCUUCUCCAUAGUCCCAUGUACUUCUUCCUCAGCUGCCUGUCUUUGGUGGAUGUGUGCUUCACCUCAAUCAUCAUUCCCACCAUGCUACUGAGUUUACUUGGCGGAGAGGGCCAGGGAGGGACCAUUUCUCACGCCAGUUGUCUUACGCAGAUGUACUUCUUUUUGGCCUUGGGGAACACGGAUAGCUACCUCUUGGGAGCCAUGGCCAUUGACCGUUACGUGGCGAUCUGUAACCCUUUCCAUUAUGCCACAGUCAUGAAUCAGCGGCUAUGCCUAGUACUGUUCUCAGUGUCUUGCUUGAUCUCCCAUCUUCACUCAGUCCUUCAGACCACGCUCGCUUCCUUCCUUGUCUUCUGUGCUUCCAACAAGAUCCCCCAUUUCUUCUGCGAUAUCCAGCCUUUACUGAAGCUCUCUUGCUCCGACACCAGCACUCAGGAACUGCUAGGGAUGACUGAAACUUUAGCUGUUAUCAUGACCCCCUUCAUGUGUAUUGUUAUCUCUUACACCUACAUCCUCAUUACUGUCAUGAGGGUGCCUUCUGCCAAAGGAAAGCUCAAGGCAUUCUCCACCUGCGGGUCUCACCUGACCGUUGUCACCCUCUUCUAUGGAAGCAUUACCUGGGUUUACUUCCGCCCCUUAUCCAGUUAUGCAGCUGUCAAAGAUAGGGUGGCCGCCAUCAUGUACACGGUCAUCACCCCAAUGUUAAACCCUUUCAUCUAUAGCCUGAGGAACAGAGACAUGCAAAAUGCCCUCAAGAAGCUGGUAAGACGAAGGAAGAAUUAG